AUGGUACAAGUGAGAGAACUGAUGAAAAUGAUUAGGCUGUCAGAUACAAAGAAGAACAGAAGAAAAAUAAUUAGAUGGAUGCAGAAACGUGGGAUACUGAGGAGGACCGUAAAGUGUGUAAAAUGCAAUCGUCGCAUGCAUCUGGUGACCUGCCAUGUCAAAGAUGGGCUGUGGUGGGUUUGUAAGCAUCAUAGAAGUUCUCCACAGUCUGUACGCAAUGGCUCGAUAUUCACGAAGUCUCACAUCCCCUUGAUAAAAUGGCUUGAGUUCAUGCACAGGUUUGCACAAGGUUUGCAGUUGAAACAACUUGCCAUGAUCACUGACGGGAUAGCAGCAAGUUCCAGGACAUUAACAAGGAUGGCAAAAGUACUCAGAAAGGUUUGCAUUGCUGCCGUCAAGCGGCUGAGGAAAAGAGGAAUGAGGAUCGGUGGUCGUCAUCGAUUUGUUGUCAUCGACCAGAGCAAAUUUGCCCACAAGCGAAAGUACCAUCGUGGUCGAUGUGGCAACACUUGGCGUCGUGAGCGGCAGUGGGUGUUUGGGAUGCUGGAGGUUGAAGGGAAAUCAAGAAGACCUAUCCUGAGACUUGUCAGGGAUCGCACAAGGAAAACCCUCAUUGGCAAAAUAAGACAUCAUAUCAGACCCAGAACAUCGAUCCUCACUGAUGAAUGGCGUGCCUAUAAGGGGCAGCUUGCUAAAUAUGGAUAUGAUCAAUAUUCUGUCUGCCAUAAAAAAAACUUUGUUGAUCAUGAGAAUGGUGCUCAUACUCAACAUAUUGAGCGUGCAUGGCAGAACUACAAGCUGGAAGUAUGGCGCCAUAGAGGUAACCGUACUCUUGAGUCACUGAAGCUUCAUCUCAAGAUGAUAGAGUGGCACCACUGGUUAGGUGUACGUCAUUACAAUGGCGUCUUGGGCAGGCUUUUCCAUGAUGUAAAAAAACAAGUCAAGUGA